AUGGUGGAAAUAUUUCUGCCGUUAUGGUCAGGGGCGCGCCGCCUCAUCGUCCCCACGCUUGGACGUUUUGGCAGGCGUGUCCUGCAGGAAGAGGUCCACUCUGCUGGCUUCUCUCUGCAUGUGUUAGCCCUGGGGGGCGAGGCCUGUCCCUCCCCAGCCCUGCUCUGUAGCUGGAGGCAGCAGGGGAACUGCACUCACAACAUCUAUGGCAACACUGAGGUGUCCUGCUCGGCCGGCUGCUACAACUUCCCAGAGCGCCUUCUGCAGUCUACUGAUCUUCGUCCUCCUCUGAUGGAGACCACAAUGGAAGUAAGAGAUGAGGAUGGCUGUGUCGUUACUCAGGGGGAAGAACAGGAUGCAGGCCCUGGACCUGGCCACCGGGGGGCUGCUGUGGGAGAGGGUCUCGGGACAGGAUCGAGUCCUCUGCUGCUGUGUCCGGAUGUGGAAGACUCAUCGUGGUUGUCUGGGAAGACACAGUGGGUGUUUGAGACUGGAGAUGCUGUGAAGAGCUGUCCUACUGUGGAUGGCCACGUCUAUGCCCUCGACUCACAGGUUUGGCAGUGUGUGUGGAAGCACCACUGUGGGAGUGGAUUGGUGUUCUCCUCACCCUGUCUCCAUCCCUCUCUAACAGCAUUGUGUCACCACCCUUGGUGAAACUUCCUCUGUCUCCAUCCUGACACUGGUAUUGUCCUGUGGAUGUAUUCCAGGAAGACUACGUUUUUCUCCAUCCCAAGCUGCUCCAUUGGAAACAUAAUCAUCGGCUCUGUGAAUGGAAACAUCUGCUGCCUCAGCCACACAGGAAAAUGCUGUGGCAGUAUGUGACCAAGUGACUAGUCUUCUCAUCCCCCUGCAUCACACCAGACAAGCAGAGCGUUGUGUGUGGGUCACAUGACGGGUGUGUGUACUGUCUGAAUUGUGCUACCAGAGGGUGUACUCCAGCCCAUGUGUGUUUGAGGGGUCAGCCUGGGGUUUGGAGGGUACAUUGGUGGACGUGGUCUCCACAGAUGGGACCCUGUGUGUUCUGGCAGGAAAGAAUGGAACUCUGAGAGCCUCUCUCUCUGCCCAGGGGGCUCUUCUCCUCUCCUGUGGUGUGGCAGCGCUCCUGGUGGUCGGAUGACGCAAUGACUUUGUGUACUGUGUGGAGCCGACAGAUGAGCUCAAAUAGAUUCCUGAGAUGACAUCAUGUAUUUUUGUACUAUAUUAUAAUAUUAAAGAAUAAUAUAGGAAA